AACCGCAACUCCAUCUCAACAUACCUCAGGCCUUUCCUUUACAAUGGCGCUAUUACGGCGCAGAUUGCGCUGCCACUACUGCAAUGUGCAGUCACGAGACGGUGUGUCGCAGAUUCCCAAGACAUAUCACUGCCCGCAUUGCGACGCAGUGAAUUACUUUGACCAGCGCGGGAACAUUACCGAUCCACCCAUAGAAGAAAUCGCAACCGCGCCGACAACAUCCUUCCAGUACAUGCGCUCUCGCUCUCCUACGCCCGCCUUGCAAGCACCCGUCGAUGACAUCUUUUGCGACAUGUGUCAGCGCAACCAGACUCUCUACACCAAUCUCCUCGCCGAAUUCAUUCCAGAAGAAGACGAUCCCGAGUACGAAAAGUAUCUCGCUGCGUACGAUGAUUACAAGGUGGAGCUCGAGAUUCGGUAUCCGCAAGUCUGCCAGACCUGCCUCCCUCGGGUCCAGGAUCAAAUACGCAAUGCGAACCAUGUCGCGCGUGCGGAUAACUUGGCGCGCAUAAUGGAGGCAAGUAAAAACAAGCGGACCGUUGUUCAGACUGCGCGACAGGCUUGGACGCUGCGCAUCAUUUCGCUGGCGAAGUGGAUGUAUGUGUCGAGCACCGUGGUGGGAAUGCUCUGGCACACGGCAGCGCUUAUCAUGGCGCCUGAUGAUGAGGGCAUGCUUUCAAAUCACAUCUUCAGUUGGGAUAUCUGCCUGAGCCAGGCCAUCUUAGUUCGCUCAGUGGAUGAGGCUUGUGUACUAUCGUCUUCCGUAGUCAAAUGGUUGCAGUACGCGAUUAUAGCCGAUCUAGUUACCAUCUGGUGGAAUCCCAAGUUGAAGCUCAAGACCAACAGCCUCACAGGGCGGAUGCACGGCCUCAAAUCACUGUGGUCCAUCCGUCUGACCGUUGUCGUCCUCCGCUACGCCAGUCUCUACUACUGGCAACACACCAACAUCAACGCCGACAUGUUCCAAACUUUUCAACGAACACACAUGGUCAUGCUCGGCGUACUAGCCCUCUCCACAGUUCUGACCUGGAAAACCGUUCGCAUCGUCUACGGCGCCGCGCCCGCCUUCCCAAAAGCAACACAGGAAACCAUCCCCAUAUCGCCCAGCAGCGCACAGAAAGCUAGACGAAACUCGUACCACCCCGUCCACCCACAAGCCGACAUCUACGACAGCAUGGCACACUCCUUCGCCACAGGCAUAGAAGGAUACCAAGACUCAUCCCCAUGUCCCCCCUCGCCCACCCUAACAGAAUCCUCCUACACAACCCACGCCACAGACGCCACCACGCCCUUUGCAAAGCGCAACGCCUUCCUCGACGACAUGGACAUCAUGGACUGGACCCCUACAAAAGGCAGCGGUAAUACCCGCUUCGCCCAACAGAACGGCGGCCCUCCAGAGAUCCUCCCCAACCAAUUCGCAAAAUGUCCACCCGCUGCCGCAGCCCAACUCUCCCCACUCCAAUUCAACUCUCCCCAACAACCACACUCUAUCUUCGCCCAAAAAGAUCCAAACCCCUUCCGCCACCGCGUCCCCGCCAAACCCCCAAAUUCCCUCGCUUCCGCCCGAAAACUGCAGCAGAACCCUUGGAAACCUAGCGUCUGGGAGCCGGCCCUUGCAGUCAACAAGACGAAUUUCUUCAAAGAGGAAGCGAAGGCCAAGAUUGGAAACGGCGCUGGCGGUAGUGGUGUGGGUGAGGUAACGGGACUAGAUGGAUUGGGUGUACCCAAGAACGUGAAGAGGGAUGCUGAGCUUUUUGCGAGUCCGAAGCUAAAGUACGAUUACUAUGGUACUAUGAAGGAUACGGGCUUGGAGGAUACAUUCAAUGCCAUGUUUUCAAAGUAG